CCAAACAAACUUGGGCGAACUGUAAGUGGAAAACAUUUAGGACCGAGCCUAAUUUCCCAGCUAGCGUCAAUUAAUGUCUUGUUAUACUCGAAGCGCAUUAAUUAUGAGGUAGGCAGGGCCGGAGCGUUUACUGGCGCUCCCGCUCCGUCUCGAACGUGCACGCCAACGCUCGCACUACAAUAGCUCAACUGUGAGAAACAUAUCUCCAUGAAGUUACAGUGGAGGGGGGCGACCCGCCUGGUCGCAACACUCCUCAUCUUCGUGGCGGGGACAAACUGCAAGCUCGCAAGUGCAAAGGCCAGCAAGCCAGCGGACGCCCAGCCAGCGGCAUCGGAGCUUUAUGAGAGGGCUAUGGCGAUCAGAUCUAAGCGCGAGCUUACUUGGGGCGAGCAGCAGAAGGCUGCCGAGUACCUGGUUACCGCAGCAGGCUUCAGCAGCACCUCCCACGGCCGGGCAUUCCCGUUCAACGGGACAGCCGAUGCGGCCCGCCGCGGUGCGGCAACAGCGCCCGAUGGGCUGCAGCUGCCGGGCUAUGGUGGAUCUGUGAACAUUUCUCACACCGCACACCGCGGAGCAGUUAGGGAGCUUGCCAAGGCGUUUCUGGACGGCUCUGGCGUUUCCCAGGACAUGCGCCUGGCGCUGGAGCUGUUCCGCAACGCGGCGGAGGCGGGCGACGCGGAGGCACAGGGCCACAUGGGGCUGUGCUACAGCAUGGGCCUGGACUCGCCCGACUGCUGGACCGCGGACGGCAUCGUGCGCUUCGGGCCUCCCAAGCCCGCGGAGGCGCUGUUACACUACUAUUUCGGGGCCGCGGGCGGCGACAUGACCAGCCGCAUGGCCAUGGGCUACCGCCACCUGACAGGGCUGGGCGUGCCACGCUCCUGCUGGAGUGCCGCGUCAUACUACCAGCCCGUGGGCGAAAAGGUGAGCGACCUGGCGGCGGCGACCAUGCCGCCGCCGACGACUCUGGAGGACGACGAGCCGGCCGACGAUAGCAGCAGCGGCGCCAGCGGCGGCACCAGCAGCAGCGCCGCAGAUGACUCCAUCGCGCCGGAGCUGGCACCGCCCUCCGGGAGCCUGCCACACGUGGAGCGCAUCCGGCUGCACCUGCAGGCGGCGCAGGGCGGCCUGCGCAGUGAGCGGCAUCGAGAGGUGGUGCAGUACUACCAGUACAGCGCGGACCGCGGCAACACCGAGGCGCAGACGGCGGUGGGGCAGGUGCUCAACUACGGCACGCACGGCGUGGACCGCGACCACGGCGCCGCGCUGGCAUACUUCAAACUGGCGGCGGCGGCUGGCGACGUGGACGCCAUGGCGCACCUGGGCGCAAUGUUUGCCAACGGCUAUGGCACGCGGCGCAGCUACGAGCAAGCGGUGGACUGGUGGACGCGCGCGGCGCGGCGCAACAACGCCAACGCGCUGUUUGGGCUGGGCUACCUGUACCUGACGGCGCGGGGCGUGAGCCAGGACUAUGACCGCGCCUUCCAGUACUUCAGCAAGGCAGCGGAGCAGGUGCACGCAGAGGCCCGGCCCGACGCUCUGUUCUACAUGGGUGUGAUGCACCUCAAGGGAUACGGGGUGCGGCGCAAGAGUGUGCAGCGCGCUCUGUCGUACUUCACAUUGGCGGCGCACGCCGGCCACAGCCUGGCGCAGUACAACGCCGCCAUGAUGCACCUGGCGGGCAAGGGCACACCACGCAACUGCAAGCCUGCCGUGAGCUUGCUGAAGGCGCUGUCGGAGCGCGGCCCAGCCGCCUCCUCCGUGCAGCAGGGUCAUGAGCACUUCUUCCGCGGCCGCUACGGCCUGGCGCUCCUCAGCUACCUGCGUGCCGCCGACCUCGGGAUGGAAGUGGCACAGAGCAACGCCGCGUGGAUGCUGGAGCGAGGAUAUGCGCCGGGCCUGGGCGCCUCCGAGCUGGCCUUCUCGCUGUACAAGCAGUCGGCGGCGCAGUCCAAUGUGCACAGCCUGCUGUGCAUGGGCGACUCGUACUUCUACGGCCGCGGGGUGGAGCAGGACUGGGUGCGGUCGGCGGCGCUGUACUACGAGGCGUACCAGGAGCGCUCGGCUGAGGCCAUGUUCAACCUGGGCUUCAUGCACGAAUUUGGCGUUGGCGUGCCGCAGGACCUGCAGCUAGCCAAGCGCUUCUACAACAUGGCCAAGCACACGCAGGCGGACGCGUUCCUGCCUGUGGCGCUGGCCAAUGCCUGGCUGCAGCUGCACGCCUGGUGGGACAAGCUGCGUCCGCUCCUGCCCUCCACGCCCUUCUUGGACCCCAUUUGGAACUCCGUCUUCGCGCUGCACCCGCCGCACACGAGCCUCUUUGGGCCUUGGGUGGCGCGCGCGCAGCGGCUGCUGCCAAACCUGGCCCUGUUCCAAGCUGAGGUAGCGUUCUGGCGCUGGAUGGACGUGGCUGGUCUGGGUGCAUUGGGUGGGGUGCUGCAGCUAGGGGAUGCAGGCGAGAGCGUGAUGCUGCUGGCGCUGCUGGGCGGUCUGGCGCUGGUGGUGAGGCUGCGGCGGCGGCGCGCCGAGGCGCGGCAGCAGCAGCAGGAUGCGGCGCGUCUGCUGCUGGCGGCGGAGGCGCAGGCGCAGGCUAUGGUAGCAGCGGUAAUGGCGGGAGGACUGGGGGUGGAGCCCGGGCGUCCGGUGCCAACUGCGGCGGGCGCGCCAGCGGCGGCGCGCGGCCAGCAGCCGCCGGCUGGAGAAGUGGCGGCUGGAGAAGUGGCGGCACAGGCGGUAGGUAGCACGGCGGCUGGAGCUGCGGGCACAGCGUACGGUGCGGCGGCUGCAGAGCCGGCGCAGGACGGCAGCGGUGCUGCCGGCGCUGCGCACUAGAGUCUCAUGCUUGUCUUUAUUUGGCUGGUUAUCAGCGUUGCAAGAGCAACCUCGGUUUAGGCAGGCACGCAAGUUUCGGCGGGAUUAUUGUGUGGAAUCCUUGGCGCCCCCCUCAAGCCUUGCGCUUGUACCAUACUGGCGCAAACAAGCCCAAGAAGCGGCGCAAGCGCGCAGGCUGAGGAGCCGGCUGGUGUCUAGGUAGCGGUCCGCGGUGGGGCUGGCAGGGCAUGCGUAGCGGCAUGACAAGUAGUGCGGCUGUUGACAACUGUGCUGCGUCUGGCUGCGGUUGGCUCUGCCGUGGCAUCGCGAUUGCUAGGCACCUGGUUUGGCUAUGUGCCUGUGGAAACCGACCCCGGCUAUGUCCGGGCGAUGAGGUUGUUCGGCCUCAGACUGUGGAGGGGCUCAGCCCCUUUUCCCGUGACCGGGGAACACUUGUUGUGGGGAAGCGUGAACUUGGCUCGUUGAUAGCCUCAGUCACCCCUAGGCCCUAACUUGAUUCUUGCGUGUCACCCACCGUGCCAUCACCCUAGAGUAGAGGCUCGAGUGUCUGAACACUUGCGGAACAGCAGGAUGCGUGACGCUUACAGUUACAGGUCAGCGGCAUGAUUAUGGACAUAGCGUGUCAGGGCAAGAGUCGCAGAGUGGGUACGGUGCGUGCCAGGGGUUGCCUUUGCUACCGGUAGGUGCGUAAGGUUACGGUAUCCUUUUUGUCUCCACGGUGGAUGGCGGGAGGCCGGGAGUGCUGGGUCCUAGGCUAGGGGGAGACGGAAAUGGACACGAGAGGAGGGGCACAGGCGAGGCGGCAGUGCGGCACUGGUCGGGAGCGGCUAUGAGCAGCGAUGCGCACACCGGGCGCAUAUUUAGGGCUUUCAUGCAUCGCAGACAGCGCGACAUUAUGACGGGGAAGGAAGUAUACCAGGGAAGGUGUGGGGGAGGGAAAACCGGAUGACUCUUCGUCGGGUCAGAACCGAGCUGCGUCGGGGUGCGGGGCUGCGGGCACAAGGUGCAGGUGUCCUGUGCGAUUCAUCUUGGUGGGCGCGCGGUACGCUCAGGGCGCACGCCUGCACAGGAAACGCAGUGUGUCAAAAAUAUGUAAAUGUUUUGAUAC